AUGGAUAAUGAUUUCGAGUUCAGUGACGAUGAAACGUCUGAUAAUUACAAUAUAUUCGCUUCUAAUACUUCUUUUGAAGCUUUCAACGAAUGCCAUGAUGAUACUAAUGUUGCUGACACUUUUCACGCCUGUUUUGCACAUCGUUACGAUAGUAGCCCUUCGUUUUUUCCUGGCUCCCUGUCAGAUGCUUGUAAAGCAGCUUUCAAUUCGCAAGAGAUUCAUGAGCGUCGUCCACUACUUAUUUAUAUACAUCAUGAUAAGAUUUCUGAUGCAUGUGAAUCUGAAGUUGACAGAACUGAAUUCUUUUACGAAUCUUUACAACAGCGUUAUGAACGUUGUCCAACACUCUUCAAUGGCUUUCUUCCAAACGUUUAUGAACCCAUGUUCAGUUUAACAAUAGCGAAAGAAUAUUGUCCAGUUCUUAUUUAUUUACAUCAUGAUAACAGUGAAUUCAAUGGAACCAUUUGUCCGAUAACUAUAAUUGACUGUUUAUUGGAAAAUUUUAUUAUCUAUUCAUGGGAUAAUACAUCAGAACUGAAUCAAGAGAUAAUGGAAAUCACUUGGAAAGAAAUGUUUUCAAGUCCUUUUAAUUUAACUUUUCCUUUUAACCAAUAUCCUAUGAUUAUUGGAAUAAUGAAACUAUUUGAAGAGAAUAAAGGUGACUUGGUCACACCUCAAUAUGAAUUCAUACCAUUGUUGAAUGGUGAUAUAUUGACUCGUACUCAGGCUAAAAUAAGUCGUGAAGGAUUCUUAAAAGAGCUGGUUUUAUUUCAACAGGAAUAUGUAGCUAAUGAACAAGCUCUAGCAUGCGAUUUUAUUACCAAGACUGGUCUUUGUUGGGAUGUUAUUCUAGAAAUCAGUCAGUAUCUUUCAUUAAACGAUGCGAUCAACUCAUAUUCUUCCUGUACUCUCUAA